CAAAUUUUCAAAGAUGGCGGAGUCGACGGAACUGUCCCCUAAAGCUCCAACGGAUGAUGCAGGUGAUUCAACAGACCAGGAAUACGAAAUCACAGCUGAUAUGAUGGUGCACGAUAUUGAUGAUGAAACAACUAUGGAUGAGGAAGAGUUAAUGGCAGACAAGGACGAAUUUAAUGAAGAUGAACUAUCAGCGCUUCAAAAGGAACAGGACAUGCCUCUUGCGGAAUUGAUGGCAAUGUAUGGGUACUCAGAUGAGGCUAACCCAGAAGCUGAUGUACCUUUAGAUGAGAUUAAGCCUGAGCCUCUUCCCCCUCUGAUUGACGCCAGUGAAAUUGAUCCUCCACAUCCUGUUAAUCCACUGCUUGGAGAAAGUGCUCUGCCAGAAACUACAGAGUCUCCAGCAGUUCAUUCCCCAGACUCUCCUCUGUCAGUGCCAUCACCAGGGUCUCCACAGUCCCCUCCUUCACCAAGAGCUAGUCGGGAUAACAACUUCUUUCCCGAAAACCAAAGGAUAACCAGAGGAUUGGCUGCUGCUUAUAGUUAUUUCAAUCUUGGUGAAAGUUCUUCAUCUUCUGAUGACGAGGAUUAUUCACCUGAAGACUGGAAGAAGGAGAUUCAAAUUGGACCUGAUCAUCAGGCAGAAGUCCCAGAAGUACUGGGUCCAAACUAUCAAGAUGCUCCAUAUUCAAAAGAUGACAAGUGUCUUUGGGAUCCAAGGAAAGUUAAUGGAAAAGAUUUGCAGCGAUAUCUCAAUGCAAUAUGCCAAAUACCAGGCUUAGAGGGAAUGAGGAGAGAUGUUAUUAGAGAUGAUGAACAGGCCCUUUACUUGCUUUUACAGUGCGACUAUAUCGUGGAAGAAGCUAUUAGCAAAAGGAAAUCGCAAACAAAUCCACAAGCAGAAAUGGCUCUUUGGUCUGAAGACGAGUGCAGAGACUUUGAAAGUGGCUUGAGAGUUUAUGGGAAGGAUUUUAGACAGAUACAGAAAAAUAAGGUUAUAUCACGCAGCGUGGGAGAAAUUGUUCAGUUUUAUUAUUUGUGGAAGAAAACUGAACGUCAUGAUGCAUUUGCUUGCCAAACAAGGUUAACCAAAAAGAAAUAUGCAUUUCAUCCUGGUAUCACGGAUUACAUGGACAGAUUCUUGGAUGAAAAUGAAAGUGCUGCAUCAAGUCGUGCAUCCAGUCCCCACAACUUUACAACAUCAAGAGCAUGGCCAGGAAAUGGCAUUGCACCUACCACCAUUCAAACCUCAAGUCAGUCAGUAGCAAUACAACCAGCCUAUACUAUUGGAGCCCCUACAGCAGCCCAGAGCACUGUCGUCACAAUCAAUGGCUCAAACUCCAAUGCUUCAUCUGUCUCAUUGCCAAGGAGAGAGAGGGAAUCCCAUGAGAAUCCUACCAACAGACAAGUGCAGCAACAGCAAUCUUGCGUUCCAACAUCUGUUAUAGUUUCAGGUCCAGAUUCUGGUGGCGAACCGCCAACCAAAAAGUUAAAAAUCCUUCCUGGUUCACGGCCAAAGCUGAUCAACAGCAUGCUGAGUAAACCACCUCCUUUGAAACCUAUUGUGUCAGCAGGAUCUGGGGCAUUCCAUCCAAAUAAUCUAGGAAGUGUACCAUUGCCUCCAACAAGUGUUUCAAGUUUUAACACAUCAAAUUCUCAUGAACCUUCUUAUCUACCUGUGCAGAACACACCAGCUGUUACAGAUUCUCUUCUCUUUACCCACAACAAGUGAUGUCUGCUCAGACUUAAAAUGGUGUUACUGUCACAUUCACUGGUGCAGAUGAAUACCCAUCAGUGAACUUCACAAAGAAGAAGUUGUUUCACAAUGCAGAUGCCUUUUCUCUACUCCCAAGCUUUUGGGCUAAAUACAACUUAAGGCUUUUACACUAAUUAAUGUUACAAUUAGUUAAUUCUCCCCUGUAUCUGCGAUAUAUUUCCAUGUAAAUUAAUUCACAAGGCUUUGGUGUUAGAUCAAGACAACAACUUCUACCUGAUAAAUUUGAAUAUUCUCAUGACCUGUUUGUGGGAUGAUGUGUGGAUAUUAUAGGGAGAAGUUUUAUGUUAAUCACUUCGAGGAGUUAAAGGGUUAAUGGACACUUUCCUAAAGCCGACAUCUCUUCCUACAGCCAUGUCGGCAAAACUCUAUCAAGUUGCAUAGUACCCUAACUUUCAAAGGCUCCUGGCACCUAUGUAAACCUACUGUGUACAAAGUUGAAUAUUAGUAAGAAUUAAUGUACAUUGCAUUAUCAUAAUCCUGUGGCGUUAUGAAAUUAUUUAUUAAAUCUGGCCAUGAAAGAAAGUUACAUUGUCCCAAAUAUUUGGUCGGACAGAGGAAGGUUUUAAUUAGAGAGUUUUAGUCAGAGUUUUUUUGUUCAUUGGACAGUAUUUUCACUGUAGGGAUCUUUGAAUUUUUUCUCAUUGUAGUAUUGUAGACUGUACAACUGGUUUUCAACCUGCAAAAUGUUGGUAGCUAAUUUAGGUUGUAACUAACAAAUUAGGCUGCUGGUUGAAAUUUCAAGUGAGGCAGUUCAAAGAUAGAGUUUGAUAUUGAAUAAUUGUUUGUGUACAACUUCAGGAGUGCCUAUUUUGCUUUUCCAAGUGAUCUAGGCCAGAAAUCCAGCCAGCAAUUGCAGAUUUGCUUUCCAGGAAAAUUUUGCUAUCCUGCUGACUGGCUGUUGGCUUCCUCAGCCUGAAUUUAUUUAUUUUCCCUAUGAGGAUUCAGUUUAUUUUGAGUGUUUAGUGCAAAAGUUAUAAUAAUAUUUUUCCUCCUAGCCAUAAUUUUAAGAUGCAGAAUAACUCUAAGACUUUCAUUUUUAAAACUGCUGUAAAUGCUAUUUUUCCUUGAGGAGAGGAGCACUUGUGGAUGUUAAUUCAAAAAAUCUGCUGGUCAAUUUAUCACAACUGCUCCUUUUUUCUUUCGAAAAUUAUUGGGUGUUUUUAAUAUGAAUUUUUUUUAAGGGUGCAACCUAAAGUAUUUGCUAGUUAUAUUUCUUUAAAAAACUUUAAUGCUGGGCUUAUCAGAGAAUUCCGUAGGUUCGAUGGAGUUGUUUGAUGGAUAUAAAGGACAGAUGUGAGCAGUCACUUUUCCCUCUUUCAAAAUUUUAAAUUGAAUAAGCAGUUACUUAAUAAUGAAGUUUGUUGAAAUGAUAUAAUUAUAAUAAUUGUUAUAUUUGGUAGACUAGGGAUAAGAACUGACCUAUCCAAUUACUGAUGUAUCCAGUGUGUGAUGUAGUGUUUUAAAGUUUGGUUUUGCAGUAACACUCUUUGAAGUUUAUACGUAAGGUAGUAAAUUCAAUUUUCCCUUGCCAAAUCAAAAUGUGAUUUAUCCAGGAAAGUUAUGACUUUCUGUUCCAUUGCUACAAAUCUUGUCAAAAUUUUUAAUAACUUUUUGAAAAGGGGCAUGUUUCCUCAUGAACAAUCAGUAAUGAUUAAGAAAUGUGUUUCUCUUCAUAAAUUUUUUUUAUUUGACGAGGUGCAUAAGAAAUGAAUGCAUGGGUUUCUGUGCCAUAAAAUUGGCAAAUACAAAGGAAACAUUAUAAAUGCAAAGACUUUUUCUUUUCCUAGCAUAAGAAAAACAAAUCAUCUAUGGCUGAUUGCUUUCAUGCUAAAACUAAUUAUAAGAAGGAAAAUUUGUAUUUUGGUUAACAACAAUAAUACUGUUUAUACUAAAAAUCAUUAAGGCAAUCUUUGGCUUAAAUGUAUAAUAAAAAUACACUGUUGUCAGCUUGGUGGGAUUUAUUUUAGGUUUGUAAGCUGGGUGAGCUGUUACUCUAUUGAAAUCAUGCAAUUUUAUUUUGUAUGCACUCUAAAGAACUACCUUGGAUUGAUUUCAAUGAUAAAUAUAUAUAUCCUAUUUAGAUGUUUUGGUGUGUAGUAUCACUGGGUAUUUUUACCAGUUGUGCAAAAUACAGACAAUGAGUUACUCAGUGAUACUAAAUACAAAAACAUCUAAUAAGUUAUUUAGUAUCCAAAUGCUUUAUUUCACAUGCAUUUCUUAAAGAGUGAGAAGGGAGAGCUGAUUGGAAAGUGUAGCGCACUUAGCCAACUGGUUAAACAGGUUUUUUUUUUUAACCAUAGAAAAUAACUGACUGUACAAUAUUGCAGGAUAUUUGUACUUGAUUCACACAUCACUUUUACUUUACUUGGUGCAGUUGGAUAAUACAAUAUAUUAAUUUAAAAAGUAUUGAACAAAGGUCGUCAGAGAUCAGUGUAUUUGUUUCAGUUGCUGUCAUUAUUAAGAUUCAUUGUAAAAUUGUAAAUUUGAACUGUAACAGUUUCUCAUAAAGAUAACCAUGGCAACACCCAGAUAUGUAGCAUUACUAUUUGGUUGGCUAGAAUAAUACUAUUCAAUUUCAAAGUCUUUCUUUGUUCUCUGUUUCUUUGAAAGGUUCAAAUUUCCUGGCUCAUUAGAGAAUGGGAAGCUAUUAAAGACUUGGCCUGCGGAG